AUGGUCGGACAUGACUGGACAUGGUUGGACACGACCGGACACGGCUCUGGACAUGGCCAGACAUGGCUGGACAUGGCUGGACACAGCUGGACAUGGUCGGACAUGGCUGGACAUGGCUGGACAUGGUCGGACAUGGCCAGACAUGGUCAGACAUGGCUGGACACAGCCGGACAUGGCUGGACAUGGCUGGACAUGGUCGGACACAGCCGGACACGGCCGGACAUGAUCUGGGAUCUCUCCCCCGGAUCUGGAAGUUUCUCCCUUGGAUCUGGGAUCCUGUGGCUCACCGGGCCGGAUCCUCUGUCCCGAUCCCAGAGGAUCCCUUUGGGAUGGGGACGAGGGCGAUCCCCGCCAUCCCCAACCCUUCUCCCUCCCCUUUCCCCAGGGACCGGAGCCCGGGAAACGGUGCUGGGAACCUUGGGAGAGGCGACCUUCCUGCGGAUCCCCCGCCAGCUCCAGGAGCGCACCCAGCAGUUCGGGGAAGCCUCCUGGAAAAAACUGACGGAGGAGCUGCAGAGGAAGAAAUUCCUGCUGAAGAUUUCCGGCGGGAACUACACGGAGUUCGAGCCGGGCCGGGUGAGCUUCCACCGCCGGGAUUUUUCCCUGGAAAUCCUCAACACCAGCCGGGAUGACCGCCGGCUCUACGAGUACAGCGUCAGCAAUGGGCAGGAGGAGGAGAUCUGGCAGAUCCAGCUGGAAGUGUUCGAGCCGGUGGCCCAUCCCAGCAUCCGGAUCCUCCGCCGGGAAUUGUCCAACGGCAGCUGCUCCCUGGAGCUCCGCUGCACCUCAGAGAGGGGGGAUGAGGUUUCCUACAGCUGGGAGAGCCGGGAGAACGGCACCGGGGCGAUCUGCUCCGGGAACGGCAGCGUCCUGAACCUCUCCUAUUCCCUGCGGAACGCCGGCUUCGGAUGCGUCUGCACCGCCAGGAAUCCCGUCAGCAGCCGGGAGGCCGCCUUCGACUCUUCCCGGUGUGGCUUCGAGCAGCGGGGUGUCCCCGGGCUGCGGCCGGAGCUCCUGGCACCGCUGCUGGCGCUCGCUGCCGUCGUCAUCGUCACCGCCACCGUUGUCACCUUCAGGGCCACCAAACGUGAGUUCGGAUCCCCAAAAUCCCAAAUUCCUGGGAAAGAAUUCCACGGCGGUGGAGGCCGAGGUGUGACCGGUGGUCACUCGGUGUCUGGUGGUCCCUUGGUGUCCAGUGGUCACUCGAUGUCCGGUGGGGUGGAAAUGUGA